AUGCUCUGCCGAAGCCAACUGUCACGUGGAUCGUACCUGCAGAAAGAGAUGUCCGAGUUGCCGAUUCCAGAAGUGCCUGACGAUGGGUAUGAAAAUGGAAGGUACUGUCACUCAAGAUAUCUAUCUCUAAAAGAAAGACCGCCUGAUCGUAGGUAAUCGUAUCGCAUUGUUAAGUGUUCGGCAGAGCUCCCAGUUGUUUUGUCAGCCCUUUAGGAGAUUGAUGAUUGAGAUAGGUAGUUGUAACUGUUAUCCGGGUCCGUGUCUCUUUUGCUUUUUAUCAAGUCUUCCAAAAGUUCCCCCGCUUACAUCAUUAUGAAAAAGCGUGUUUCCUGUAAUAAUCGCGCAACGUUUACGUUUUUAUGGAUUCUCUCUCAGUUCCUUCUCUCGCUUCUUCUUCUCCUUUUUCUGCUGCUGCAUCGUUUUUCGUUUCUUUCGUUUUUGCAUGACAACAAAAACGAUAUAUUGAAAGUGAGAGAUGCAAAAUUGGAUAUGAAAGGAGAAGAGACAUAGAUCUGACAGAGGCGCCUAAAACCGGUACCUGGGGGAGGGAGUGCGCAUCUCACCGGCGGCAGGCAGCAUCGUCGUCGGCGACGGUGGCGCCCGAUCAUUUUGAAUGGGAGAGAAAGAUGAGGCAGUAGGCACCCCCAGGGCCUCCUCAACUUCACGACGAACACCCGAUUUCCGGAGACACAAAGAGAGGCGCACAUCACAUCCUGUUAUACGGUAGUUGUACCGGAAUGAGAGUGGCGGAUCGUCAGAAAAGUACAAAGAGAAUAGGAGCCGGCUCGAUAAUUAUAGGUCUCCUCCUCCUCCCCCGCGCGCGCGCGUUUGUUGGAAAACAUGAAGUGCCGAACUCAUUCAUUGCGGUGGAGAGUCUCAAUUGCCGGGUGUCGGGGGGCCUUUUCUGGGUACGUACUGUGCGGCAAAAAGACCUGUACUUGCCAGCCGGUCAAAUGAGCCGUGCGCAGUCAUCUGGCGGAGAAUAAAAAGGCGCGAAGCUCUAAUUGGAGGGGCAAAAGAAAAGCGCACUUGAUUGUCUUUAUAAUACUAUUUUUUUCAGCGGUCCGUGCCGAUAGAAUGAGAGGCGGAAGAAACAAGUUUGGCUCUUUUUAUAAAAGAGAUCGGGCUCAUCGAAUGCAGAGAAAUGCGAUGAGAGUGAACACGGUGUUGCCGGUCAACCCAGGGGCACCACAACAGGCAUUCUACACCCCGCCAGAUCAUCAAGUGUCGAGCAGCACAAACGAUCAGAAUACUCAAAUUCAAUACUUUGAUCAAACGAAAGUGAAGACUGAGUACAUCAAGACCGAAUAUGACGCACAUCUACAGAGCCCAACGCUGUCGAGCAGCACUAACCAGCAAUGUAAGUAGAGAGGUGAAUCUAUGAAUCUAAUUUGACUGAUUUUGCAGUGUCCGACUUUAUCAUGAGACCUUCCGGCUACCUGGUCGAUCAUCACGACAGUCUGGCAGUUCUACUGGGAACCACCAUCGAAGAUCCAUUGCUCCGUCAUACCAACUUCCCCAAUAACUACCAGCUCGCCGAAGUGAAGCAAGAGCCGUUCGAUUACACUGAACAGUUCAUCCACCAUCCUCUUCAUGAGUACACCAACUACUCCACCAACAACUCUAACUACGCCACCAUGAUGCCGGUGACUACUGUCUCCAGCACACAGUCCAUGGUCACUUCAACAUCUUCCAGUGAGUUCUGAAUCUGUAACUUAUGAUUUUAAGAAAAUUUAUUUCAGCGAUCGCCAGUCGAACGGACACCACUAGCUCUUCUCCAAUCCUUCCGGUUUGCCCAAUCCCUACCGAGAAGACGGUCGAUCACUUCUACAACAGUACUCUUGCCGAGAUGUGCAAGUCACUUCCGGACGAGGCUCAGAUUGUCCGAAUCAUCACAUCUGUGAAAGGAGUCUGUAAACCAGACCCGCAAACGUUCGCCGUUCAUGUCGCCGAGGAGAACCUGAAGGAGCUGGUGACUUGGGCCAAGAACAAUCGGUUCUUCUGUGAAUUGAAGGUUCGUAAUUACAGGUUAUACAUACAUAUCUAGAUGGCUCUCACACUUGUUCCGGACACCCUUUUUAUCCUCUAUUUCUCACCAAUGAUAGAAAGACAGAUUGCCCGCUUCCGGGCAUGAAAGAAACCGAUGCCGCUCGCAAAAAAGGAAGCGCGUCCAUACAAACACCUCUUCUUUUGUUUUCCAUACCGGGCCCAUUAUGUAGUGCCAAUUUCCGGGCCAUAAUUGCAUUGCACCUUCUUGUCCGCGCACCACUCGAAUGCAUUGAGAAAGAUAAGUACUAAAGUGCAUUAUUCCAGAUGGAUGAUCAGAUGACACUGUUGCAAGGGUCGUGGACCCUUAUCCACAUGAUCGAUAUCACUAAUGCAAUGGUUCGCGGUGAUCUCUCCCCGCAGUACAAAAUCUCAAACGGAGAAGAGUAAGUGGCGGUCUUGGGAACGGAUGCAUUUGAUUAGUCAAUCAACUUUUGCGCAACAUGGGGUUCUAUAAACAAACAGCGCGGCGGUGCGUAGAAGAUGGACCGCACCGAUAAAUCUUAUUCUCGUUGACUGUGACUCACCCUCCCGAUUACCUACCGUUAGGUGCCGGUAUGACGUAAAUGAACGUCGGUCGCGAUUCUCAAUUCUGAUAAUCUCGAUCGAGAGCUCACCGCUAACCAUAAACGGGAUUGCGCUCCACGUUUCCAUCGGCGGUGAUUUAUACUAUCAUAUAAAGGAUUACGGUAAGCGUGUGUGAACCUUAACGCCGCCGCAGUUCACGUAAUCUAAGAAAGCGGCCGGCAGUAUACUAUAAGGGUCUUUCAAAAGUUCAUGGCACCAAUAAAAUAAAACCUUUGAUCGUAAAGCGCACAAUCGUUUUCUUUGCAGCGUGUCGGUCGGAUACCUGGCGGUUUGUGGAAACCAGUCCAAUCUGGUUCAUUGGAAUGAUAUUGUGGCCCGACUCCGCACCAUGGGCUUCACCAACUACGACUACUGUGCCUUCCGCUUCCUGGCACUCUUCGAUCCUUCCCUGCAGAACUCUGCACUUGUCGAGGAUGUUCACCGUCAAGUCCUUCAGUCUUGGGGCGAAGUCCGAUCCAUCGGGCCAAUCAUCGAAGUCUUUGAGCAGAUCAAGUAAGAAAUCAAAACCGUUAUAAUAGUCACUCGUCCUUGAUGACGAGGAAUCCAAUCAAUCUCCCCCAUCCACCAAAUUAGCGACGUCCCGUAUAAUUAGUGCUCCUCUUCCCCGCCCUGCCCCAUCAUCCUUUUCUUACCCACCUAUCCCCCCACCUUCACCCCGUAAAACUUGUUGUAUAGAAGGAACAAAAGAUGGAGGGAGGAAGCAUGAGAACUGCGGAAGAAGAAAAAAAAGUUAUAAUAGAAGAAUGAGGCUCAUUUAUUCUGGUUGGAUAGGUGCGCGAGGGUGGAAGAAGAGAUUAGGAGGCAGCCAGCACAAUAUGUAUACGGUAUAGUUGCGCAGCAGGUGGUACUAAGCACUGAACAACAACUGUCCUGUCAGGUUCUUGACUUAUGAAUAUGAAUAGAAAGAAAUGAAUAUGGAAAAGAAAAUCAGUCAUUAUUAAGUGUUCUUUUUUUUCAGGCGUCUGGCUUACGAUGCUCAGAUACAUAUGUGGCAGCUGUCGGUGAACGGAGUACAAACCUGGGACAGCAUGGGAUCAAACGCUUCCUUGGUUCUUGAAAUGAUCAGAACUUCAGAAGGAAAAAUGAGAGGGAAGAGAGAAUAUGCUCAUCCUCAUGUCAUGAUUCAAAACCUUCCACCGCCUCCAAUCCAAACCACUUAUGCCCCAUCACAUACAAUUUACAUGGCCACAUCCUGA